AUGCCACGUUUGGAAUUAUACUCACCCGAAGGAUUAAGGAUAGAUGGACGUAGAUGGAAUGAACUUCGAAGAUUUGAGUGUAAAAUAAACACCCAUCCUAAUUCAUCAGAUGGUUCAAGUUAUGUUGAACAAGGAAAUUCUAAAGUUAUAUGUACAGUUCAAGGACCCAUGGAACCCAAAUUACGUUCCCAAAUGAAUCAUGAUGAAGCCAAUAUAGAAGUUAACAUAAGUAUAGCUAACUUUGCCACAUUUCAAAGAAAAAAACGAUCAAAAAAUGAAAGAAGAAUAGUUGAAUUAAAAAAUACCUUGGAAAAUACUGUUAAACAAUGUAUAAUAACAACCCUUUACCCCAGAACAUUGAUCCUGAUAAAUAUUCAAGUCUUAUCACAAGAUGGUGGAUUACUAUCAUCCAUGACCAAUGCCAUGACUUUGUCAUUAAUAGAUGCUGGUAUAAGUAUGUAUGAUUAUGUAUCAUCUAUAUCAGUAGGAUUAUUCGAUCAAUUCCCAUUAUUAGAUUUAAAUACAUUAGAAGAAAACGAAUUAAGUUAUUUAACUGUUGGAGUUAUUGGAAAAUCAGAUAAAUUAGUAAUGUUAAUGUUGGAAAAUAAAGUUCCCUUAGACAAAUUAGAAGAAUUAAUAAGUUUAGCAAUAGCAGGAAGUCAUAGAUUAAGAGAUUUAAUGGAUAAUGAAGUCAAAAGACAUGGUAAAUUAAGAUUAAAGAAUUUAAAUUAA